CGUCAAUGUCAGUUGUUGUGAGUUGUGUUCUCGCAGCAUCUGUAUCUGUCGGUCCGUUCUCGCGAUCUUAAAAAAGCUGCAGUGAUAUUUACUUUUUUCUAAAUAAAUCAUUGUUUUUAAAAUACAAUUCAUAAUGUAUUUUAAUAAUUUGUGAAUUUUAGUUUGUACUAUUUUCAAGAAUUUUUCUCUUCAUUGUUUUAUCUUGAUAUUAAAUAAUAUCCAAAAUGAGAUUGGCAGGGACAAUUUUCAGUAAUGUUACGAAAAUGUUGGACUUCUAUUCGCAAUUUAAUCCAUCUCCGCUUUCUAUCAAGCAGUUUAUAGAUUUCGGUCUAAAUGCUUGCGAGAGGAAGUCAUACCUGUUCUUGAGGAAGGAAUUACCAGUGAGGUUGGCUAACAUAAUGAAAGAGAUAGCGCUACUUCCCGAGAACCUACUACGGAUGCCGUCAGUUGGUAUGGUGAACCAGUGGUAUGAGCGAUCGUUCGAGGAGAUCAUAGAGUUUGAGAAGAUGGAGCCAGAACCACCUAUCUUAAGCCAAUCGUCAAUAUUGGACAGGUUCUGCGAGAGGUUGGUGCACAUCCGCAACAGACACGCAGAUGUCGUGCAGACGAUGGCUCAGGGUGUUCUCGAGCUGAAGGAAUCUCACGAAGUCGACCCCGGCACUGAGAACUCGAUACAAUACUUCUUAGAUCGAUUUUACAUGAGCCGAAUAUCGAUUAGGAUGCUUAUCAAUCAGCAUACACUCCUCUUCGGUGAACAAAUGGGGGCAAGACAGGCGUCAGUAAACGGCAUGGGUUGCGGAGGCCGGCAUAUCGGCUCUAUAGACCCAGCGUGUGACGUCGUCGCGGUCGUACGUGACGCGUACGAGAACGCUCGCUUCCUAUGCGACCGGUAUUACCUCGCAUCACCUGAACUUGAACUACUCCAGAAUGGGGUGUCCUCAGACCGUCCGAUGCCUAUAAUAUAUGUGCCUUCACAUCUCUACCAUAUGCUUUUUGAACUCUUCAAGAACGCGAUGCGAGCUGUUAUGGAGUGUCACGAAAGUGCACCCCCGCCAAUACAAGUCAAUUUAGUAACUGGCAAAGAAGAUAUCUCAGUUAAGAUGUCGGACCGAGGAGGUGGCAUCCCUCGCAGCGUGUCAGAUCUCCUCUUCAAGUACAUGUACAGCACGGCGCCGCAGCCCUCUAAAUCUGAUUCACACACCGUGCCGCUGGCUGGUUACGGGUACGGAUUGCCGAUAUCGAGGCUGUACGCGCGGUACUUCCACGGUGACUUGGUGCUCAUGUCUUGUGAAGGAUACGGCACUGAUGCCGUCAUAUACCUUAAGGCUUUAUCAAACGAAGCGAACGAACUCCUCCCAGUGUUCAACAGGACGUCGAGCAAAUUCUACAAGCCGAUGCCGACGUUGGCGGACUGGUCGGGCUCUCUCAACACCGCCAGCAACUCGCAAUGCGCACGCGCAAAGAAUAGGGAGAAACUCUCCCCCUCCAUAUCACAUGGACUAUAGUGCCACAAGCUGCUGAUACUGCUAGUAUAGAAAUUCUAUAUUGUCUACGGUAUAUGUAGUGGCUUGCAGGAGUAUAUGUU